AUGUCAUCCAGUCUCUUCGCUCCUCCCUCUCCCACUGCUGGGGAUACCACCUUCUUGGACGCCAAACUCGACGAACGCCAUACCCAAGCUGACGCAUGGGCGGAGGACGACAUUCAAACAUCUGCACAAUCGCCCUCGUCGCUCGGUGGAGCAUUCAUGGACCUACGAAGCAGAUUACGCCUUCUCGACCACCGCGUUUCUCAAACGAACGAUGUUGCCGCCCGCGCAGAGUAUGCGCGGCGCUUGGCGAGCGGAUCCGUUCUUUUCCGCGCUCUCUCGAUAGAAUUGGCGAGGGAUGCCAACGCCUACGCCCCGAUAUCAAGUCUACCUAUGGAGAUCUUCCUUAUGAUUGUCAAACUCGUCAGUGUCCAUGAGCCUCCUCAUGGUCCCUCGCGCACCAUGAACCCCGGUUCCGGGUCUAGUCCCUUGCAAUCUGUCACGGGGGUCGACGGCUCGCUUGGCUGGGUGCGAUUGUUGCAUGUUUGUGCAGAAUGGCGCUCGACUAUUUCCAGGGACUCCGCCCUAUGGGCUCGGCAUGUGGGAACUCUACCCAAGGCGAUUUCGACGUUCAUACUUCGCUCAGGGAUGGCCUUCCCUUUGUCAAUCGACUUGGAUUUGAACGCUUGGUCUCACACUUCCAAUCUCAGGGAGAUAUUUCGAGAAAUCCCGCCCCGACGUGUCAAGUCCUUGAUUCUGAAGUUGAACGAUGCUAGUGAUGCUGCGUGGGUUCUCCGCGACAGCCACUAUUUCCGAAAGACCCAAUCGCUUUCGAAGUUGGAAAACCUUGAUAUUCGCACAUUCAGCCCUUUGAACUUGGAACAUGGGGCGACAUCAACGAUCUUCAUCAACACACCUCGCCUACGUACCCUCACAUUGGAUCGGGUGCCCAUCAUCCCGUUCGGCCCGACUUACUUGACGAGUGUCAGUAUACGCCAGUCCCCUAUCUCAUUCGCUGCACUGGAUAAGAUACUGGAGCAGUCUUCUGCCAUGACAUCCAUCAGGCUGUUUGGUUGCUCUUUCGAAUAUCAACAAAGUCGCAGCACCAGGCGUAGCUUAGAGAGCCUGAAACUCCUUGUUUUACAUGGCUGCCGGCUUCGGGACGAUGAUAUCGAUCACAACAUAUACGACGUCUUCUCAAGUCACUUUGACUUCGUCCCAUCUACACGGCUAGUCUUGUUCCCUUUGAUCCCCGUGCGCCAGGAUCCUGUGCCGCUUGCUGAAAGCCGCAUAUUGCCGGCCAUUCAGAUGUGCAUGCGAACGUUGCUACAAGGAAACGGCAAAGAAUUCGGAUUCGAGAUUCUUCCGAACGAGAUACGACUGGUUUCGUUUGCGGCGUACGAGCCAAUGGACGAGGAUUGGCCGGGAACCUGGCCUGACACCACUAUAUGCGCGCAGAUUCGCUGCGAUUGCCCAACAGUUUUUACGCGAGCACUUGCCGGUGUCCUUGCCUCAGUCGAUCUGAGCCGCAUCACUCUGCUUGACGUGCGUACGAACGAAGGCAGGGCAUGGGAGCAUACUAUGUCAUGCUUCUCGGAGGUACGGUUACUCCGGAUGCAGAGCUACGCGUAUGAUCCCUUAUCAUGCCUGGGUGGCUGUCGUGACGGAGACAGUCGGUUACCGCUAAUCCCCCAACUUACGCACCUCGUGAUCGAUUGCGUCGGGGAGCACGAGUACACGUAUGGCAUUCUUGUAUCCACCCUUCGAUCCCGCCAGACAGCCUUGUCACAGUUAGAGUCAGCGAUACAAACCCCACAUACUCUCUCUCUCCGCGGGUUUGGGUAUCUGAUCACCGAUGGAGGCGAAGAAGUUGUUCCGGAAUCGUUACGCCAACUCGUCCCGACCGUUCAUUAUAUUCCAGUGCUUUCCCCCGAUGAGCUCGACGCUCACGACCGGGACUUCUUCAUCUUCUGA